UGUCAUUGUUGCUAGACUGCAUCGGAAACACUUAAAAAUUGAAUCAUAUUUCCAAUAUCAUAUGCUGGCCGUAUUUAGAACGUCAGAACUUUAAAAUAGGCAAUUUGUGAACGUGAACGAUAUAUCCUCGAAGGUUGGAGUUCAUAAGAAAGUUGAUAUCCCCAGUCACGUUAUAGGUUGAAGUCUGUGAAGCCACAGCUCGCGUGUUGGAAACUUUAUCGAAAAGUUGUGGAAGAAUUUAUUAAGGUUAGUGACAAGUAGAGGUCGAAAUACACAAUGCCCAACAAGUUCCAAAAAGACUGUUUGGACGCUCAUAACGAGUACCGUCGUCAACAUGGCGCUCCAGCGCUAAAAUGGUCGUCAAAACUUGCAAAUGAUGCGGAUAAGUGGGCUAAAAAUUUGGCAAAAAGAGGAGUGAUACAACAUGCCAGCACGAGUGACCAAGGCGAGAAUAUAGGGUAUAAGUCAGGCGGGGAUUUAUCAGGCCAGAGAGCUGCAGAAAUGUGGUAUGAAGAGAUAAAGGAUUACCGUUUUGGCAAUCCCACGUUUGGUUCAAAGACGGGUCAUUUCACCCAGGUCGUUUGGGUCGGUUCCCGAGAGUUUGCCGUGGCGAAAGCGACGGCUAAGAAUGGCGCACAGUAUGUUGUGGCCAGGUAUUUUCCUGCUGGAAAUGUCAUGGGACAUUUUCCAGAAAAUGUCAAACAGAAAGGAUCUAAAGUGACAAAAGCCGAAAAAGAAGCAGGUGGAAGCAAGCCUGGAAAUUUAAAGAAAGACAUACUUGAUACUCACAACCAUUAUCGGCGGCAACAUGGCGCCCGGCCUUUACAGUGGUCCUCGAAUCUGGCUUCUGGUGCCGAGAAAUGGGCAAAACAGUUGGCUAAACAAAAUAAAAUACAGCAUGGAUCAGGCGACUUCGGAGAAAACAUCGCAUUCAUGUCAGGCGCCGAUUUAACUGGAAAGAAAGCUACCGAUAUGUGGUAUGAAGAAGAGAGUAAAUACAAUUACAGAAGUGCUCAAUUCAGCACAAACACUGGGCACUUUACCCAGGUAGUGUGGGCAGGUAGCACACAAAUGGGAGCGGGUAGAGCCGUCUCAAGUUCAGGCGCACAGUUUGUCGUUGCGCGAUACUCGCCUGCUGGAAAUGUUCGUGGGAAGUUCGAGGAGAAUGUCAAACCGAAAGGAACUCGCGCCGUUGGUGGCGAGAGUCAAGGUUGUCAUUGUGUUAUCUUAUAAAAGCCGCAUCGAAUCCACGUUUGCCAAUUCACCAGCUCCAAAAGCCUAAUUUCCAUUUUGACGUAAUUGUCGUGAAAAAUAUGUGAGAUACCACAGCUGCAGUUUUUCUUUAUUUUCUGUACAUUAAUCGGUUAUCGGUCAUUGCAUGCGGCUGAUCGCACACCUGUAGCUAAGUACGACAAAUACUACAAAAUGGAAACCAGGCUGAUUCCUACCACCAAGCGUUUUGUACUGUAUUAUUCUAUUAUAAUAAUUGCACUCGUAUUCGAAUCAUUAAUUGAUUCGAGUAUAAUUUUCAAUGCGGUGAAGCGUCAUAAAGGCACUACUGUUUCACUAUGCAAUUUUCCUUGCAACUUGCAAUGCAAUUAUAAUUUUCAGGGAUGUUAAUUUGUACGAGUGUUCGAAAUGCUAAAAAAAGGUUAGCAGAUCGUACGAAAUGUUCGUAUUUGUCAACUUUAGAUGCCUCAGGAGUAGAAUAGCAUUGCAAGUUGCCAGGAAAGUUGCAUAGAGUAACAGCGCCCUGAGAGGACGGAUGCACGAAGCAGAUGAAAUUAGACAAUCAGAAAUUAGUUCUUUGAAGUAUUAUGAAACUUACAGAUCGACAAAACUCAAAAUUGAUAUAUGCAGCGUUCAGCUUAGCCGGGUGCCGGACACGAGUGGCCAAAGUUCAAACUUAAGCUGUAACUACACUUUCGCCUGUAUUCAAAAAGUGUUAAUAGAAAAAAGAAGACAUAUACAAUGCUUGAGAGGAAAUGACACACCCAUAUACCUUUCAAUCAUACGUUAUGAAGCCAUGAGAUAGAUUAGAACUGUCUGACGCCUUCAGGAUAUAUUCUCCGAUGUCAACUGCAUGGGUAUCAAGCGAGAACCAAAAGAUACAAGGGAAUCGAAACUGGUUCCGUCGUCAGUUCAAUGUCGGAUUGAACAAGCCUGAGAAAGUAAAAAACCUUCGGCUUCAACUGUGGGCACUUACGAAUAAUCAAAACUGACAUUCUAUGCAGUAAAACGGUAAAAAUUAGAAUCAUACUUAAACUUUAAGCUAUAACCAUUGAACUAUGUAAGUAUUACUUAUUAAGUAUUACUGAUAAGUAUAUAUUCUUAUAUAGUUCAAUGGCUCAUGCUUCGCGAUUAAAUUUUGACGCAACUAAACUCACAGCGCAUACUGGAGUGGAACAGUCAAAGCGAUUGAAAUUUAGUCAAAGUUAGACAACCUGAGCUCUCGGAUUAAACUAUUUCAACUAUUUAUUUCAUGGGAUUCCUUAGGUGCCACCCCAUUUAUUUGCAAAACAUUUCAAUUUGGUCACCGUUAGUGUAUUUCCGUAUUAUACGAUCGCAUUGGUCCUCGGAAAGUGUCUAAUUUAUUUAUCCGACUAAAAAUUAAGGCCUGUUUCAGACAUCGAACUUUUCAUGUUAAGAGCUAAUAGCCUAAUGUCUUUGUUUAAGUUCAUUUGCAUUCGAUUCGGCACAUGAAAAGUUCGACGUCUGAAACGGGCCUAAAUUCGAAGACAAAUUUUUCGACUAGACGCGGGCGAGAUGGACGGUAGACUAAAGAUUGCACGCAGAAAACUCGUCCGUAACAAAUUCAAAUCAGACGAGUUUCUUUUCCCACACGCGACCUUGGAAUUUCUUGCACUUCCGCUUCGAAAUGCACUUCGUCCUUGGAACACAAAAGAUUAAAUUUUCCCGGGAAUAUUAAGUUUCUUCCUUGUAUUCAUUUUAUUCCGAAAGCAUAAAAGCAUGUCUGUCAAAUUGCUGAAAAAGUUUCGUGUAAAUAUAAUUACAUUCAAUUAAUUCUUCUUUGUGAGCUCUACAGCAUGCAUAAUCAACACAAAUAGAAGCUAUUUGAAGUUCCCACUGAGCUAAACUCUUCCUCUGAGCUAAAAGUGCUUUAAAAAAACCUUUAAUAGCUAUUUGUAGUUAAUUAAAGUCAAAUACUUUGAAAAUGAUCCUCAAUCGCCUGCGGAAAUAAGAAAAUUAUGUAUUCCCAGAGGAUGAAUAAUUUUCUACUUAUUUUAGGUUGAAAUUCAAAUUAGUUCCUUCCAUUCGCUAGUUGGCAUAGUAAAACAGCAGGUAUUAAACAACAAAAUGUAAAGCAGGUGCUAUCAUUAAAACAAAACAUAUUCGUGUUA